CCGCCCCAAACACGGGCGUCACGUGAGGAGUGCGGGGAAUCCCGGUCUCUUCUUUAAAAGGAGGACGCUGGGCCGGCGUUGGUAGUGAGAGAAGUGCGCAGGUAGAUCGGAUUAUUCAAUUUCCAAAGGACACCAGUCAUAUACGUCGUUGCACAUCAUGCCAGUGGCACGUAUGCGAAUGAAGGCGUGGUUGGAAGAUCGCCUUCAAUCCCAAACUAUCCCUGGAUUAGUGUGGCUGGACAAGGAUAAGAAGAUAUUUUCCAUUCCCUGGAAGCAUGCAGCCCGCCAUGGCUGGGAGAUGGAAAAAGAUGCCAGUCUUUUUAAACAGUGGGCGAUUCAUACAGGAAAAUACAAGGCAGGAAAUUCUGAUCCGGAUCCUAAAACGUGGAAAGCUAACUUCCGAUGUGCCAUGAAUUCCCUGCCAGACAUCGUAGAGGUCAAAGACCAAAGCGUGAACAAAGGCUGUGGAGCUGUGAGGGUUUAUAGAAUGCUGCCGAAUGACUCCAAGAAAAAAGUGAAGAAGUCACGCGCUAGAGAGGCCAAGCAAAAGACGAAGAGCAAGAGGGAAGUUGAAAAUGAGGAACCCAGUUGUCACAGUGCACAGACUGAGGAGCACGUGCAUGUACCUACUAGCACUGAGCACACUCCCCAGUCAGAAAUGGACAUUUCAAGCAGUCCGUAUUCGACAGAUGAAGGAUCACUUGAAGAUCCGGACAGUAUGGCUAUCCAACAUCUCCUCCAAGUGUCACCAAGCCACCCCCUAGAUUUUGAUGAUAAUGGUUUUGACGAUAAAGUAACACCUGAGCUCUUUCAGAUUACACAAUACUUGGAGCAGAACCCAACGCAAUGGCAGGAGUUCGAAUUUGAGCUGCAGAGCAACAUCGUGAAUAGUACAGACCUAUCAGACAGCUCACUAGACACCUGGAGUGACAAUUCAGGAAAAGAAAUUGAGGUUCGAUUUUAUACUGAACUGAGGAGGGGCUUGGCAGACAGUGAGGAAAGCCCUGGAAUUAACGAUCCCUGGUCCAUCUCCAGCUUUCUCCAGCGACUUGCUUGACUGCCCUCACUCACAACUUCACGAACUGUUAACAGGAUCUCAGGCAAAGACUGUUGCACCGUUGUGGAUGCUAAAAAAUCCGUCUUCUUCUAGUGAGCACCAAUCACGAGGGACCCUCUGAAUGUCUGCAGUGCUGUUGUUGGCUCCAGACAGUCGCCAUCCAGGACUGUUUACCAUCUCACCUGCUGGACUUACUCUUUUUAAAGUAUGCACUUUACUGUGAUGUGUAGACUUGUAUGUGAACUACUCAUGGACUUGUUGCAAAAUGUGUUUUGUCACCAGCUGUUAUCCAUUGUUUUGUUGACCAUAAAUGAAAUUGCAUCUCCAUGAAUCUACACAAAACAAUGCUUCAGGAUUUACUGGAAAUUGGCUGAUUUAGCUGAUAAGGUAAAUUCUGCAUCAGAGUUUGUUUCCAUGCUAAACUGUACAUUUGUAAAUGUUGUAAAGAUGUUUCAUUUGCCGUUUUCUUAUUGUCGUUGAUGAAUAUAUUAAUAAACAUGAAUUUUACCAUA